UAAGAAAAAUAACAAAACGCUGAUUCCGGAACUGCACCACCGCGGCGGAGGAUGAAAGGAGCGGCGGCGGAAGUUGCAGUGUUUGCCGACACAGAUUUGGGCACUCGCAUUGCUUUCAAUGUUCCUUCCCACAUUACAGCCGGAGCAUUCAAAAGAGAUUUUGAGAAAGUGCACUUCACUUGUUUACCAGACAUAGGAGAGAUCCAAGUUCAUGGAUUAAUGGUGUGGCGAAAAUCAUGCUUCUACUCCCUGCCUGAUUCCCUGCCUAUAAAGUAUGUUUUCCCGAGGAUGAGAGAAAUGUGGUUUCUUCAUGUAGAAGCGAGUCAUUUAAAAUGUUUGCAAGUUCCAUGUUUACCCCAUGAUGAUGCGGCUGUUGUUUCAAAACACCGAGACUUAACGACGUAUGACUGCGAAAAUGAAAAUAAGACAAGAUACAACAGUGAGGAAAAGAAAGAGGAAGGGUUGCAUCCGUGUGCAUAUCUAUCAGAAGAGAAUGAAGCUAUUAGUCACGUUCCAAACAAAAAGCGUAAUUCUCAUGAAAAUUACAAGCAGCAUGAAGCCAGUGGAAUGUCAGAAAGAUACUCCUGCAGAUCUGUAGACAAAUCUACAAGCACUGCAAGUAAGAGUCGAUGUGUAAUGCCGGAGAAUAAAGUUGAAAAUCGGCUUGAGUUGCGUGCUAACUCAAUGCAAGAAAGUCCGAGUAAGAUGUCAACACAAGUCGUAUCAGUCAGCGGUAUAAUCAACAAAUAUUUUUCAGGUUUCAAUGGCAUUAACAAUUUUAGCACCUCUUCAAACUCAGCUGUUACAUCAAGAGUUGUUCAUAGUGAGAUUGAAGUUCAAUCACACACCAGAUCACAAAGUUGCUCAAAGAAAAAAAAUGUUUCAUUACCACAGUUCACUCCCAAAACACCUCCACAUGUGUUGCAUGGUCCAUUGCAUGUUGACUUGGUUUCCAUGAAAUCAGGUAGAAAAACUAGAAGAUCCAAAGUUGGGAAAUGUAGCAAGACUAGAAAAUCCAUAGUGGGGAAACGUCUUCUUUCAGCUUCAAAGAGUCUUGGGGUUUCUAUUACUAAGCAUAGUCCUGCACUUUCUUUUAGUAAAUUCAAAGAUAAAAAACUACUAGAGGAAAAAUCUCAAAUUCGUGGUUCAAUAUUUUCUAUCUGUGACAGUGAUGAUGAUUGACAUUAUUAAGUGUUGUUGACUGUCAAAAGGGUGUAAAUAAGAAAAUGGUGUAAUUUUAAGUUAUGGAUCACAAGAAAGCAAGCAGAUAUGCAAUUGUCUAGAAGUUUGUUUACUAUUUUGUUACAAGGGUAUCAGAGAUAAUUUUAUUAGUUCUCUUGAAUCCGGAUUCUCUCCAUUAAUAAAUGUAUACAGCUACACAAAGUAAUCAAUUUCGUCCAUUGAUUUGAGAUUCAAUAAAUCAAUUUUAAACAA